AACUUUCCCACGGGUUCCUAAUAUAAAUCAAAACCUGAAGCCGAAAAGGCUCUCAUUCUCAAUCUAAUUCCUAAUCGUCAUAUAUAUUGGCAACUUCUCAACUCUACAUUUUCUUAAAGUCUUUUAAAUAAAAACUAUUGAAAAAUGGCUUUCAAUAUUGAAAGUUUACUGGAGAAAAAAUCUAAUCCAGUUGAAGAAGGUAAUGAUUUUGAGGAAGAAAACGACAGCGAAAAAAACGGUGAAGAAGACGAAGAGGAAGAAGAAAAAAAUGUAAUUGAUGGUUGGACAAAUAUGGCAACAAGCCAAUUGGCAAUGUUUGCUAUUGCAAAUGAUCUGAGAACACCAACUCUUGUUGAGUUACAAAUGCUUUUAGGAGUAUCAGCUCGAAAGCAUGAUUACAAGAGAAGCAGAAAAUCUGUCUGCGAAAGAAAACCACGACAAGCGUAUUCAGCAAGACAGUUGGAUAGAUUGGAAACGGAAUUUCAAACUGACAAAUAUCUGAGUGUGAACAAGAGAAUCCAAUUGUCUCAGACAUUGAAUCUAACUGAGACCCAGAUAAAAACAUGGUUUCAAAAUAGACGAACAAAAUGGAAGAAACAAUUAACAUCAUCAAUACGUCAAAUGGUAAAAGAUGCUCCAACAUCCACGUCAGUUGGUGUUCCUUUUCAGUCACUUCUCACUCCGCCCACUCCACCUACAACUCUUGCCUGUCACGUCAACUCCCUGUUCGCUUGUGAGCAAUAGCUUCCUCAUGUUUAUGAAAUUUAUAUUACAUUGAGAAUUCUAUUGCACUUUUUUAAUCUCGAAACAUGUUAAAUACUCCAGUACAAAAUUGAUAAAAGAAAAUAUUUUUUCGUAAUAAAAAUUGUUGAGAACCAAACAAGAA